GGCGGGGCUAAGCGGGCCUGCCCUCCGCUGCCGGAACGUGGGUUCCCAGGACGGCGUGACCGGCGGGCCUCUGCGCGCGGAACCGUGGGCCCGACCUCUGGAGGCCGCGCGCCCGGAAGCAGCUGGUCGUCUGCCAGAGGGGCCAUGGCCGCCGCCGUGCUGGGAGCUUCCGCUCGCGCUCUGCGCCCGCGGAGCUGGCUCGUGGGAACUUGGCAAACGCAGGCUAGAGACGCCCAUCAGCGAGCCUCACUGUUGUCUUUCUGGGACCUCAUUCCCAUGAGGGCAGAACCACUGAAAAAGAAGAAGAAGGUAGAUCCUAAAAAAGACCAAGCAGCAAAGGACCGUUUGAAGAAAAAAAUCCGACGUCUGGAAAAGGCUAGCCAGGAACUGAUUCCUAUUGAAGAUUUUAUUACCCCUUUGAGGUUCUUAGAUAAAGAGAGACAGCGGCCUCAGGUGGAGCUCCCCUUUGAGGAGGAAGAGAGAAGAGCUUUGCUUCUGAAGAAAUGGUCCCUGUACAAGCAGCAAGAGCAUGAGAUGGAAAGGGAUGCCAUCAGGUCCAUGCUCGAGGCUCAGCAGGAAGCUCUGCGUGAACUGCAACUUGCAGCUCCAGAGCUUUAUGAGGAGGCCAUCAAGAGGGACCCAGGUCUUUUCCCUUUUGAGAGGGAAGGGCCAGAUUACACACCGCCAGUCGCCAACUAUCAGCCCCCUGAAGGCAGGUACCAUGACAUCACCAAGGUGUACACACAGGUGGAGUUCAAGAGAUAGAACUGCAGCCUGCUGACUGCAGAACUCAUUGCCCUGGACAGCCAGAAUGACAAGCACUCAAGCUUGUGUCACACUUUGGUAUUCUGUGAAUAAAUUGUGUUCCAUCAA